AUGGAAGAAAUAGAGCGACCGCCUGGGAUACUUGCCAAUGCGCUCUGGGAAAUACGAAACGGCAAGAUUCCACAGAAUCCACCACCACACGUUCCGCGGAGAGCUCGAUCAAUGGAGUCGAGACGAGGUAUACUGGCUGUAGGACUUAGGGAAAUGCGAAGAGACCUCAAAGAUUUGGAAGCUGACAGGACACAACUGAGUACCCGCACUGGUAUCCUGGGAACAGCGCUUGAAGAGAUAAAAUCGAUUCCUUAUGAAAGAACUCGCAUGGAGGAAAUGCUCCGUCCUAAAUCGGCAAAUUACCAAGGAAUGAUCGGUUUGCUCCUGGAAACCAGAGAUGAAAUCGAAUAUGAGAAGCUGGGACUCAAGGUUGCGGGGAAAGCUGAUUUUGAAAGGAUAGUGGUUCUCUAUGAGCGAAAUUAUUUUAGGGUUUGA